AUGUCUAAGAUGCAAAUUAGUGAUGAAGGUGAUUACAAGAGCCCAAAAAAGAAGACCAAAGAGAUGAUUGAGGAUAUGAACAUGGCUGAGGCAGAUGACAAGGAGGACAGAAGCUAUGAUAUCCAACAACAGCUCAUGAUGUUCCCAAGAUCAAAUUACCUGAAAGAACAAGAUGUUCAAGAUUUCCACAAAAGAUUCACAUCCAGCAACCGACCAAGUAAUACAGAUAUGAACAACUUCUUAUCACCCCUUCAGCCAUGCAUCACAGAAGAGGACAAUUUAUACCUGCUGAAGCAAGUCACAGAGGAGGACAUUAAAGAUGCGACUAGUUCAGGAGGAGCUAUUCAAAACAUCCCAAAGGUGAUCAAAUGGCACCCUCCUCCUGAAGACAAAAUCAAAAUCAAUUUUGAUGGCUCUGUCUCAAGCUCAGAAGCAACUUGUGGAUUUAUCUGCAAAGACACCAACGGUAACCUCACAAUGGCGAUGUCCAAGAAUAUUGGUACUACUACGGUGCCAACUGCUGAGGCGACGGCCUUAAGAGACAGUCUCUGGAUGGCUAUACAGAAAGGCUACAAAAAUGUACAAGUUGAAGGAGAUUCCAAGAUAGUGAUCGAUGCAGUGAACGGUAAAAUAUCCCCACCCUGGAGACUUGCACAAAUCAUUAAUGACAUUAGGAAGAUCGUCUGCAACUUCGAAUCCAUUUCCUUUAGUCAUAUUUACAGGGAAGCAAACUUUGCUGCUGAUGCAUGUGCAAACCUCAGACACAACUACGCUGGGGAAAAAGUGUGA